AUGGAAAAUGCUACUCAGGACAUAAGACAACAGGUAGCCGUGGUCGGUGCAGCGACUUGCGAAUUACUCAGGUAUGCGAGUGAUGAGACAGUAAUUCGAGAGAUCUUCACCUCAUUAGAUUUCUUUAAAAAAGAAAAGAUUCUGUUUAUAUUGAAUGACCGUGAUGACCCUAGAGUUGUUGGUGGUUUUCACUGGUCACUGCUCGUCCUUGAAAGAAAAUCAGCCCAUUUUCGUUAUUAUGACAGCACAAGACCUGCAAAAACGACAGUUGCAAAGCAGAUGCUCAAAAUCGUGUCGCCUUUUCUCGACAAACAAGACAUCAAAUUCACUGUUGAAGAGUGUCCCCAACAACGCAAUAGUUUUGAUUGCGGGAUGUAUGUGAUAGAAUUCGUCCGCCACGUUUUGAAGCCGCCCACUAGUGAAACACCUCCUACAGUAGUUGAUUCGGACUACAUCGAUAUGGAAAGACGUUAUUGGCUUGACAUCAUCAGAUCUCUGUCAUCGGGCUCAAAAUAUCAAAGCUUAAUUUUUUGA